UCGUCCUCAAGAUUCGCGAUGGCCCCCUCAACUACCGUUCCCUCCGUCACGGACAUUGAAGUCCCGGAGACGCUCCUCAAAAAACGCAAGCAAACUGAGAAGGCUCGGGAAGAGCGUCUUUCUGCUGCAACUGCUGCACGCAAGGCUGCCAAAGCGCGCCGGGGGGUAAUCUUCAAGCGCGCGGAGAGCUAUGUGAAGGAAUAUCUCUCCAAGGAGAAGGAGGAGAUUCGGCUGAAGCGGGCGGCACGCUCCACAGGUGACUUCUAUGUCCCUGCUGAGCCAAAAGUUUACUUUGUCAUCCGUAUUCGUGGUAUCAACGAGAUAGCCCCCAAACCCCGCAAAAUCCUCCAGCUUCUUCGUCUCCUUCAGAUUAACAAUGGUGUGUUUGUCAAGGUGACCAAGGCCACUCAGCAAAUGCUCCGUCUUGUUGAGCCAUAUGUUACGUAUGGUGAACCUAACAUCAAGUCCAUCCGUGAACUCAUCUACAAGCGUGGUUAUGGCAAAGUCAACAAACAGCGCAUCCCUUUGACCAACAACAGCAUCAUAGAGGAGACCCUCGGAAAAUACGAUAUUUUGUCAGUGGAAGAUCUCGUUCACGAGAUUGCCAUUACUGGCCCCAACUUCAAGCAGGCAUCGAACUUCUUGUGGCCGUUUAAACUCUCCAACCCCACUGGCGGCUGGAGAACGCGGAAGUUCAAACACUUCGUUCAGGGAGGCGACUUCGGCGACCGCGAGACAAACAUCAACAAGCUCAUCCGGCAAAUGAACUGAUGCGUCUCUGUUGGCUGUCUGGACGGGGGGAUGAUCGGGUGCAUGGGGAGGGAUGCCAGCUUGUAAUGCCAUAUGUCGAUAUGCUUUGCCAGAAGAGUAACAUCUUAACGUCAUGUCAUAUGGUCCUAUGAAAUGGGGAUUCGUUUGUAAAACUCUCCUAAGCUCAAGGCAGCGUACUUGGUGUCAUUGAGUCCUGAUACUAAGUACUUAUAUAUCCAAUUGCGAAGGGC